ACAACUAUGACAAUAUAUUUGAAAGUGGCGAGCAGUGUGUUACAGAGUGUUUAAGUUGUUUGUGCCCACUCUCUGGGGACAAGGAGCGCGCGCCGUCGUACCCUCGUUGACCGGGGUGGGUGUGCGUGCUGCUGCGCCGACGGACGUCAGCUUGAGUGGGCGAAGGAGGCUGCUGCCUGUGUAUUAUGAGCAGAAUCAUUCUGGAAUUAAUGCUCUAACAGUUUAUGAGCUCUGUGGGGAGUGGUGAUGGCGGCUGCUGAGGUCACCGUGUCUUCAGGGGAUGUCAUGACGGUGAAGGAGGAGGAGGAAGGGGACUCCAGUGGCAUCAACCAAAAUACUCAAGUCAUCCUGCACCUGCAGCCCAUCCUGCACGGGAUAAAUGAUGCCAUUGCUGACACUGGCACAACGGUUUUGGCCAUAGAGACGCAUCAUGACAGUAAAGCAGAAGGAGAGGAGAUUGAGUAUGGCUACCCCAUCACUUGUGGAGACAGCAGAGCGGUUCUACUAUUUAAGAAGUUUGUGUGCCCUGGGAUCAACGUCAGAUGUGUCAAAUUCAAUGACCAGCUCAUCAGUCCCAAGCAGUUUGUACAUCUGGCAGGGAAAGCCACUCUGAAGGACUGGAAAAGGGCCAUCAGACUGGGAGGGGUAAUGCUCAGGAAAAUGAUGGACUCCGGCCAGAUAGAUUUCUACCAACAUGACACCGUGUGCAGCAACACCUGCCGCAGCACUAAAUUUGAUGUGCUGAUCAACAGCAUGCGGCUUCCUCCGGGGACUUCAGUGCAGCCAAGCCUGUCAUGUCUGGCUCUUGACCUUCUCGGAGGACGGGUGCCUCCCCCGACAGUACUUUCAGGAGCGGCCGUGCAUGAUGCAGCAGAGGUAGAGGAGCCUUUGGAGAAAAAGUUCAGUGCAUCAGCAGAGUGGAGCCCGUGUCCAGCCCGGGAAGCCAAUUCCACAACAGCCAAUGGACAUGGUGCAAAGAGAAAGACGGGUGACACACCAGAUGGAGUACUGAGCCUGUGGAGGGGUGUGGCAGACUCGGGUCUGAUGGGGGAGGUCCUGUCUAGUCUCCAGACUGAAUUAUUAGCCACUCUUAAAGGAGUGGAGGUUCGCAGUGAGAAAGCCAGCCUGCAGGAGAAAGAUGCCGACAUACUUAAUUCCCUGUGUAAGAUGUUUGGCCUUUUAGACUCAGUGAAGCGAGCUCUGGACCUGAAGCGCAGUCACGAUGAAGAGAACAAAAUCCAUACCAACGUUUAUGUGUCGGAAGAUAUUUUGGAGGAGCGGAGGAGACAGGGUUGUGACGAAAGCACCUCCUACAAAACUCUGUCCUCGAAACACCUCCGGCCUCAACGUCACAACCCAUCAAACAGCCAGACCCACCACUUGCUGCCCCCGGUCAAAACAAGGCCGACCCCCCAGCCGCUCUCGGUUACCGGUUUAUCUGCUGCCGCUUACGCUCAGCUCCUCAUCAACCCUCAGCUCUUCACCCAUUUCUCUGCCUCCACUGUCCAGCGUCACCAUAUCAGAGCUGGCAGGAGGGACAGGGACGGCCAUGAUGCCCCGCUGAGGAGGGAGCACGAGUUCAGUGAGCCGGGGAACCAGGAGAAGCUUCGCAGGCUGGUCCAGGAGGGCGAGGAGGGAGAGGACACCUUAGACAUCCACAAAGAGCUCGGACGGAGGACCGUUAAGUAUCGAGAAGACCCUCGCCUGAGAAGUGAGGACGUAGAGGAGACGGAGGGCUUGUAUGUUAUUGACAGGGUGGUUUUAGGAAGAAAGGCGUCAAAGAAACAUAAAAGUAAGUUAGGCAGAGAAAGCAUCUCAAAGGGAUGCUGGACUAAGUAAGGGCUUGUGUCUGGGACCUGAAGACGUUACUGUACUGUUUCUCCCCUUGUAUGCCUGUAUAGUAAAUACUGCGCGUGGUUACUGCAGUGGUGUUACAGGCGCAGGUUUGUUCUCACAUUAUUUUUUAAAGUGCUUUUUAUUCAUGCGUUUCUAAUAUGUUACUCAACACACAGCAGAGCUGAAGUGAUGAGUCAAUUCAUCAGUCAACCAACAGGAAAUUCAAUGUCAACAAUUUUGAUAACUGAAGUCAUUUUCUAUGAAAUAGUCCCAAAAGUUCACUUGGGUGAGCUUCUCAAAUGUGAAUAUUUUCUCGGUUAUUCAUCUUACCUUUGGGUUUGGGACUGUUGGUCAAACCGAAUUUGCAGUAUUUUGUAAUAUGAAGCUGUUACUUUAGGAUCUGGGAAAUUGCAACCGACCUUGUUUGAACUAUUUUCUGAUAUUUCAAUUGAUAAUGAAAAUAAUGGUUACUUGAGGUCCUAAAAAACAACUUCCUUUGUGUACUGAAUAUAGUUUUAGGAACAGUACUUUGUGUUUGUAUUUAUAAACUUAGUUAAGAUUAAAAAAAAUACAUUUUCAAGACGCCUCUCAGAUGUCUGUAAAUAUAAUAUUUCGUUCUAUUUAUGAUAUUUAGUGAUAACAGCAAUUUGCAACUUUUUCAGGUCUUUGUGAAAAUGUUUUCCUCAUACUUUUAUAACAAAUUUACAAUGAUAUUUGUAAUUAAACAUUUUGUGAGUUACACUUGUGAAUUGAAUUGAAUAGAAUGUUUGCAGGGUUUUUACUAACACGUGCUGCAAAUACAUCAUCUUAUUUUACUUUCCCGUUUCUAUUAAUUGCACAUGAGAGUGAGACGAAAUAAGACACAAAUGGUCUAAAAUGACCUCGUAACAUAAUGAUCUUAUUUAAAAUAAAAACCUUUAUGUUUGAUAUUUUAA